AUGGCGAGCUUUAGAGACCUCUACAGCAAUGAGAAGACCAAGGGUCUGGACUCCAACUUUGGUGUCGACUUUGUGAUCAACUACAAGAUCCCGCAAGAUGACCGAGCCGAUGCCGAAGCGAGUUUCGUCCAGCUCAUCGAGGCCCUGACCCAUGUCGGCCUGACCACCGAGGUCCGGAGAGGAGACAAGGAGUCCGUCCUUGUCUUCAUCAAGAUCGCCGAUAAGUUUCUCGACGACCAGGUCUACCGAUCUCGACUCCAAGACUGGCUCCAGGGCGCCCGAACCACAAGCUCCGACAAGGACCUUUCCCAGGCCCUCCGCGAUGAGCCCGUCUCCGACGCCGAGCGCCUGCGCCUCGUAUACCUGCUGAUGGUGAAGCCCAAAAACGAGGGUGGCGCGGGCAUUACGCCACAGUCGGGCCGCUGGAAGCACGUCGACAGCAUCUUCCCGCUGCAUAACCAUGCCUUCAACAAGCAGUGGAUUAAGAGGGUGAGUACAAAGGGACAGACCGACGAGGCCGAUCUCGACGAGAUCCGCGACAAGUUCGGCGAGAGCGUCGCUUUCUACUUUGCCUUCAUGCACACCUACUUCAAGUUCCUCACCGUCCCCGCCGCUGCUGGUUUCGCCGCUUGGGUGCUCCUCGGCCAGUUCUCUUGGCUUUACGCCCUCGUCAGCUGCUUGUGGUCUGUUGUCUUCUUUGAGUUCUGGAAGAAGAAAGAGGUCGACCUGGCCGUGCAGUGGGGCGUCCGUGGCGUUUCCAACAUCCAGCACCCCCGUCCACAAUUCGAGUUCGAGCGCCAGGCGGAGGACCCCGUCACUGGAGAGCCUGUCAAGAUCUAUUCGCCUAUCAAGCGCCUGCAGACGCAGCUGUUACAGAUUCCCUUCGCGGCGGCCUGCAUCUUGGUGCUUGGAACCCUCAUCGUGACCUGCAAUUCGCUGGAGAUUUUCAUCAAUGAGGUGUAUAACGGGCCGUUCCAGUCGUACCUCGCGUUCCUCCCAACCAUCAUCUUGGUUAUCAUGACGCCGACUUUCUCUACCGUGCUCACAAAGUUCGCGACGAGACUCACUGAAAUGGAGAACUAUGAGACGAUCGAUGCACACCACGCGGCUUUGAUCCAGAAGGAGUUCGUAUUGAACUUCCUAACCUCCUAUAUGGCUCUGUUCUUUACCACCUUCGUCUACCUACCUUUUGGUGAUCGUCUCACCCCCUACCUCGACUUCUGGCGGUCUACUGCACAGAAGAUCACCCCGAAGGAUGUAAACUUCCAGACUCAGGAAUUCGUCAUCAACCCCGAUCGAAUUAGCAAGCAGAUGUUUUACUUCACUGUGACCGCUCAAGUGGUCAAUUUCCUUACCGAGGUUAUCGUGCCUUACGUCAAGCGCCAGGUCUCCCAGGAGGUCAGAGAAGUGCAGUCAAAGAUGUCAAAGGAGGGCGACGCUGCCAAGAUCCAGGAUCACCCCGAAGAAGCCGCUUUCUUGGAGCGAGUGAGAAAAGAAGCCCAGCUCGAGACAUACGACGUCACCGGCGACUACCGAGAAAUGGUUAUUCAGUUUGGCUAUCUUUCCCUCUUUUCCGUAGCCUGGCCCCUGGCGGCCUGCUGUUUCCUGGUCAACAACUGGGUCGAGAUGAGAUCCGAUGCAGUCAAGAUUGCCAUCAGCAGCAGAAGACCCAUCCCGUGGCGCGCAGACUCGAUAGGCCCUUGGCUCAAUGCUCUCGGCUUCUUGUCCUGGAUGGGGAGCAUCACCAGCGCCUCGAUUGUCUUCCUCUGCAGCUCCAGUGGCAAGGGUAGUGGGCCGCGUGGCACCCCUGGCAGCAUCCAAGCAUGGGGCUUGCUCUUGAGUGUCCUCUUGGCCGAGCACUUCUACUUUGCUGCGCAGUUCAUUGUUCGGCUUGUUAUGAAGAAGUUGGACAGCCCUGGCUUGCAGAAGGAGAAGAAGGAGCGGUUCAUGAUGAAGAAGAGGCUUCUCGAGGAGAACCUGGGUCAAGGCGUUUCGGACCAAGCCGCCACUCCUGGUAUCGAGAAGACAGAGAUGAUCACGUUGAAGGCUUUGGAGGAAGAAGCUCGCAGACUCUCAACUCAAGGUCAUGGGAGCGCCGAGGAAGCGUAA